GCAAAAUACCCCAAGGUUGUGACCCUUCCAGAAGGGCUGCUGGGAGAUUAUAUAAUCCUAAGGAACCCCAAACUUUCUGGGUUUGAACUAAUGAUUGUUUGGAAGAUACACAUAGAUGAAGAAGGGAGAACUACACCUGUUCUGGACCUUCUGACUAAAGUACCAGAGCAAGUCUUGGAGCUGAAGAUGGCAACUAUUGAAAAUGCCCCCGCCCGCUUCCGAAGCAUGCUGCUUCUGUUCGGGAUCGAGACAGCAGUCGAGAAUCUGAUCAAAGUGGUUGGCUCAGAAAAAUGAGUACCACAACGUCUUGCAACAGGUAGCAAUUUCCAAAGUAGUUUUAAUUAA